AUGGAUUGCGAAGACGGCAUCUUCAUCCUUCUUUUCCUCUUGGUAUUAACCAUUCUUACUGGGUUCAGUCGGCAAAUUUAUAAAUACGGUAAAAUAGUGGCAUUCGACGAGAUGAUUUCCAGGUUGGAGAAAGGAAAUCGAUUGAAGAAGAAAUGGGAAAAGAUUGAGAAGGAUCAGAGGGAAGAACAGGAAAAACGUCUGAACGAUUAUCUGAAUGAUGAAAGGGAAAAGGAAAAAUUGUGGCUCACGAAAUUAAUGAAUAAAUAUGAAGACCGUCUCGAUAAGGCUGCCAUCAACGAGCAGAAACUGAAGGCUGAGCUCGAGAAAAAAGACGCUAUCGUCCAAAAGUACAAGAGUGAGGCCGAGGAGCUCCGUCGUCAAUUCAGACAAUCCGAGGAGCAUUUGGAGUGUGAACUUCAGGAAAUUGUCGACGAUUUGAUCUGUCAGGAGAAGAGAAGACGAGAUGAGAUCCAAGCGGAGAGGGAUGAGGAGGAGUUUGAUAAGUUGGAUGAGGUCUCCGAGGAUUUCGACGACCAGUGUGAGAUGGUCCACGUUUCGGAGAAUAUCGAAAUCUGA